CAAUCCAAGUAAAAGCCCACAAAUAUUUUCGAACGCUCCCUUCCUCUUCUCUUCUGUCUCUGCCUUGCGUUGUUGAAGCCGUGGAAUGGAGGACCUCAUGGACAAUGACAAGUUAUAUUCAUCCAUUAAGAUGACAGAGGCUGAUGGGGACUGUUCAUUAGUAUUUGAACUCCCUGAAAAUGAUCCUCUCUUUGAGAAAAAGAAGAAAGUACUACAAGCUAAGGGUUUUGAUACCAAGGAACGUGUAUACUUCAAUAGCAUCUCAUGUUCUAGUUGGACAAAUACUACAUUGGAAAAAAUGCUUAAGAGAGCGAGAAUCAUUCAUUUGGAUGAGGUAGAACUUUACUUUGGUGAAGUUCCUGUAUCUCCAUCUGUAGAAUUUUACAGUCACAGGAAUGAGCUGGAGGCUCUCAAUUCAAUCCUCUCCCUCAUUGAUAUCUCUUGCUCAAGUUGUCAACACACGAGAAUGGACGUCUUGCAAGAAUUAUGCAAUGCAACUCUUGAUAGGAUUCAAGAAGUUGGUGACAAGAACAGACUGGAGACUAGAAUUGUUGAAGACUUGAGCAUUGAAAAAGAGGAGUGUAUAUUACAGUGGGGUGAAAGAAACGAUGUUAGAACAAAGCUGAAGAUAGCCUAUGUUGAAGGAGCUGGACGAGGUGCUAUUGCCACAGAAGACCUUAAAGUUGGAGAUGUUGCUUUAGAGAUCCCAAUGUCCAUAGUCAUUUCUGAGGAGCUUGUGCAUGAAUCUGACAUGGGCUCUCUUCGAUCCAAACGUGAUUCAAUCUCAGGUGAAGUGGAUAUGGCGACUAAAAAUCCUAUUUUUACAUCCGUCAUCUCUAGAUCUCCUACUAUCACAUCGGAAAAAUUGAUUGGUAGUGAGAAUUAUCUCUCCUGGUCAGCGUUUGUGGAACUCUGGUUUAUGGGACAAGGUUAUGAGGAUCAUCUUGUUACACCUGAGGAUGCUAUACCUGAUGUUGACAAAGUGCAAUGGAAGAAAAUCGAUGCACAAUUAUGCAGCGUAUUAUGGCAAUCUGUUGAUCCCAAAAUUUUACAUCAUCUUCGUGCCUACAAAACCUGCUUUAAAUUUUGGACUCAGGCUAAAGGAUUAUACACGAAUGAUAUUCAACGAUUUUAUAAGGUGGUUUAUGAUAUUGUUCAUGUGAGACAGCAGGACAUGGAUCUGUCUACUUAUAUUGGCUGGAUUGCGUCUCUUAAGGAGGAGUUCUUAACUUUGAUGCCCUUCACUAAUGGUGUUGAAGCUCAACAAAUACAAACUGACAAGUUCUUUAUGGUGUUAACCCUCAUUGGCCUCCGUCCAGAUCUUGAGUAUGUCCGAGAUCAGAUUCUUGCUAGUUCAUCAGUACCAUCAUUGGAUGAUGUGUUUGCUCGUCUCUUACGCCUCUCCUCUACUCAGACCUUGUCGACUGAUGGUCCUUCAGAUUCAUCUGUGUUAGCCUCUCAGACUAACUCUCGAGGAGGACGUAGUGGCAAUCGGGGUCGAAGACAACGUCCUCAGUGCACCUAUUGUAAUAAGCUUGGUCACACUCAAGAUUGUUGCUAUCAGUUACAUGGACGGCCUCCUCGCACUGCCCACAUUGCUCAAUCAUUUGAUCCUCUGCUAUCUCGACCUGACUCCGUUGCGAGCUCCACAUCUCAGAGUAUCACCCUUACUGGUAGUGAUUAUGAUGCCUAUCUCCGAUAUCAAGCAACCACAUCAGCUUCUGUUACUUCUGUUGCCCAAACCGGUAAUGUCUCUGUCUACUUUACUCAGUCUCCUUCUCUUGACCCGUGGAUUCUAGAUUCUGGAGCAUCUGAUCAUAUCUCUGGUAAUAAACACAUUUUCUCCUCUAUUACUACUACCUCUGCCUUACCUACUGUUACUUUAGCUAAUGGUUCCCAAACUAUGGCUAAAGGUAUUGGUUUGACUCAUCCUCUCCCUUUCCUACCUCUCCAUUUUGUCCUUUAUGCCCCUGAGUGUCCUUUUAAUCUUAUUUCCAUCAGCAAAAUAACUCGCACUCUUAACUAUUCUAUCACUUUUUCUAAUAAAUCUGUGAUCUUGCAGGACCGGAGUACGGGGAAGACGAUUGGCAUAGGGCGUGAGUCUCAAGGCCUCUAUCACCUCACAUCACCUUCAUAUCCUGCAGCUUGCAUUUCCACCGAUGCUCUUCUUCUCAUUCACCAUCGUCUGGGUCAUCCUAGUCUCUCCAAGUUCCAGAAGAUGGUCCCUCGUUUUUCCACUUUGUCGUCGCUUGCGUGUGAGUCGUGUCAGCUUGGGAAAUAUACUCAUGUCUUGUUCCCAAAGUGUUUGAAUAAUCGGGCAAAGUCUCUUUUUGAACUUGUUCACACUGAUGUUUGGGGUCCGUGUCGGAUCGCAUCUACUUUAGGAUUUCAGUAUUUUGUCACUUUCAUUGAUGACUAUUCAAGAUGUAUUUGGUUAUUUUUAAUGAAAAAUCAAGCUGAGUUAUUCUCUAUUUUCCAGAAAUUUUAUGCUAAAAUCCAAACACAAUUCAAUGUUUCUAUUCGAGUGUUACGCAGUGACAAUGCUCGGGAAUAUUUUUCUACACCCUUUACUUCUUUUAUGUCCCAACAUGGGAUCCUCUAUCAGUCAUCUUGUGCUCAUACUCCUCAACAAAAUGGGGUUGCUGAACGUAAAAAUCGACAUCUUAUUGAGACAGCUCGUACCCUCCUUUUCCAUAGUCAUGUUCCUUUUCGUUUUUGGGGGAAUGCUGUUCUUACAACUUGUUACUUGAUUAAUCGUAUGCCCUCAUCUAUAUUACAUGACCAAAUCCCUCAUUCCCUCAUUUUUCCUACUCAACCUCUUUAUUUCCUUCCUCCUCGUGUCUUUGGCUAUACUUGUUUUGUUCAUACUCUCACACCUGGAUAGGACAAGCUCUCCGCCAAGGCUACAAAAUGCAUCUUCUUGGGAUACUCUCGACUUCAGAAGGGCUAUCGUUGUUAUUCCCCUGACAUUCAUCGUUAUUUUCUCUCCGCUGAUGUCACCUUCUUUGAGGACUCUCCAUUCUUCUCAUCCUCUGAAUCUCUUCCCAUUUCUGAAGUAUUGUCACUUCCGUAUAUAUCCCCCUCUUCAGAUGCGCUCUCUCGUCCUCUUCAGGUUUAUCAUCGUCGAAAUCGUGCUAUUGCUCCUCCUCUCUCUUCAGCUGAGGUACCUGAUGACUCACUUCUUGUCCCAUCGAUUUCUCCUACCCCGACCUUGUCAUCUACUGACCAUUUGCCUAUUGCUCUUUGAAAAGAUAAUCGAUCUACUCGUAAUCCUCAUCCUAUUUAUAAUUUUUUGAGCUACCAUCGAUUAUCUUCAUCCUAUUAUGCCUUUGUCUCUACUUUAUCCUCUGUUUUUCUUCCUAAGAGCACUAGUGAGGCACUUUCUCAUCCUGGGUGGCGACAGGCAAUGGUUGAUGAAAUGGCUGCUCUGCACUUCAGUGGCACAUGGGAUCUUGUUUCUUUACCUCCUGGUAAAUCUACAGUUGGAUGUCGUUGGGUCUACACUGUUAAAGUUGGUCCUGAUGGUCAGGUUGAUCGCCUUAAGGCUCACUUGGUUGCUAAAGGUUAUACUCAGAUUUAUGGUUGUGACUAUGGUGACACCUUCUCUCCUGUUGCCAAGAUUGCUUCUGUUCGCUUAUUUCUCUCCAUGGCAGCUAUGUAUCAUUGACCUCUUUAUCAGUUGGAUAUUAAGAAUGCUUUCCUUCAUGGUGAACUUCUCGAGGAAGUGUAUAUGGAGCAACCACCUGGUUUUGUUGCUCAGGGGGAGUCUGGUUUAGUGUGCAAGUUACGCCGCUCUCUAUAUGGCUUGAAAUAGUCUCCUUGGGCAUGGUUUGGGCGUUUUAGUUCAGUUGUUCAAGAGUUUGGAAUGUUUCGGAGUGAAGCAGAUCAUUCAGUUUUCUAUCAUCAUAACUCUUCAAGCCAGUGCAUCUAUUUGGUAGUUUAUGUGGAUGACAUUGUCAUUACAGGCAGUGAUCAGGAGGGUAUCCAAAGACUAAAGCAACACCUUUUCAACCACUUUCAAACCAAAGACUUGGGCAAACUCAAGUGCUUUCUGGGACUUGAAAUAACUCAAUACAGUUCAGGUGUGGUUAUGUCACAAAGGAAGUAUGCCUUAGACAUCUUGGAAGAAACAGGUAUGUUAGAAUGUAAACUUGUUGACACUCCUAUGAAUCCAAAUGUCAA